AUGGCGACAAAACACUUCUUCCCCGACACCCACAACCUCGUCGUGCGCGGUCUCGAGUCCCUAGUAGCCAAAAACCCACACCUCUCCCUCGACGCCGCAAACAAAGUAGUCUACCUACCCUCACACUCAACCCAAAAAGUUUCCGUCCUGUCUGGUGGAGGUGCCGGCCAUGAACCCGCAUGGUGCGGCUAUGUCGGCAAUGGACUGUUGUCCGCUGCCAUCAGUGGAGAAGUGUUUGCUUCCCCCAGCACAAAGCAGAUCAUGGCAGCUGUGGAAAAGGUGCCGAGUGACAAGGGUGUGAUUUUGUGUAUCACAAACUACACAGGAGACAAUCUGCAUUUCGGAUUGGCGAGAGAGAAGGUAGCUGGAUCAGGAAGAAAAGUGGGUAUGUUGAGGAUGACGGACGAUGUUGGUUUGGGCAGAGAAAAGACCAGUCGAUUGGGAAGAAGAGGAUUGGCCGGAAAUAUGUUUGGUGAGUUCUUACAUUACUUGGCUGUUGAUUUUAAUGGAAAAAGAAAGAAAGAGAAAAGAAGAAAGCAUGCUGAUGAAAUACAGNUACUCAAGCUUUGCGGCGCUGCUGCCGAAGAGGACUAUGACUUUGACACUUGCUUCGCGAUUGGUGAAAGCGUGAAUGGUCACUGUGUCACCAUUGGAUCGUCGCUGGAUUACUGCCAUAUCCCUGGGCGAACACAUCACGAAUCCCUACCUGCAAACACUCUCUCCGUGGCUCAAGGUAUUCACAACGAAGCCGUAAGUGUGCCAUGCCCUGGGAAUGGAACAAAACUGAUGCGGAGCAGGNGACUUCACGAGAAAGAAAUACCUCCACCAGACGAACUGAUUCAAGAGCUGCUGCGCUACCUGCUCGACGAGAACGACAAAGACCGUGCCUUUGUCAAAUUCACAUCGGAUGACGAGGUUGCACUGCUCAUCAACAACUUCGGCGGGCUGUCCAACCUCGAGCUCGAGGCUUUGACUGCCUUGACUAUUAGCCAUCUCAAGUCAGACUGGAACAUCUCACCGACAAGAGUGUAUGCACAGCCAUUCGAGACAUCGCUCAAUGCACCAGGCUUCAGUAUUUCUUUGCUGAACCUGACUGGUGUGGCUGGAGAGACAGAGAUGGACGAAGAGAAGCUCUACGCGUUGCUGGACAGAGACACGAAUGCACCAGCCUGGCCAAGGAACUCGUACGGGCAAGUCAGGGUUGACAGCCCAACACAAACAAGAGCUUCGCUUGCCGGACACGAGACGGUCUCGUUUGGACCCAAGUUGGACGUGGCGACACUCGAAGGUGCGCUCAGAAGCGCAUGCGAAGCGGCUGUAGCAGCGGAGCCCGACAUCACCAAGUGGGACAUUGUCAUGGGCGACGGCGAUUGUGGAGAGGCAGUCGAAGGAAUGUGCAAUGGCGUCCUCUCACAACUGUCAUCAGGUCUCGUCUCGCGACACAACGGAGCAUUGCUGCCCAUCAUGGACGAGAUUGAGAGCGGGAUCGAAGAGAUUGGAGGCACGCUUGGAGCCAUCAUCAGCAUCCUGCUUGCUUCAUGGACGUCGGAUCUGAAGAACACAUAUCGCGCCAACCCUUCUCUUACAUUUGACGAGCAUGUUGCAGGUCACAGCGCUGGCCAAGCUUUGAAGAACCUGCAGACGUAUACGCCGGCACGUGUAGGUGGACGAACAGUCAUGGACACAGUGAUUCCUUUCUGCGAGACGCUGUCGGAGCUGGGCGAUUUGAAAGCGGCGGUGAUUGAAGCGGUCAAAGGUGCAGACAAGACGGAAGGCAUGCCCGCCGUGUAUGGAAGAGCGACGUACGUUGGCGACAAGAUUAGUGCAAAGGACGUGCCGAGGGAUCCUGGUGCAUACGCCGCCUCGGUCUUCCUGCAAGGUUUGUGGGACGGGCUGAAAGACAAGCUGUAG